UUGUCAGUGUUUACCCGGGACGAAGAAGACAGGGGGGAAACAGGAACCUGCCGUGGAAGUUACGAUCGCUAUGCUCCUGCUUCCCGAAUCGUGCCUGCCUUAAGUCGUGGUUUUUCAUCCGACAUCGACGUACUUUGCUCCCUCCUUGGCUGUUUACUUCCUGCCCAAGCCUCACUUGUGACUUGCUCAUCUUCAUACCUCUCUCUAUUUUUCUUACUCGUCCAUCUCCCUGGUCCUCGUCUCUUCUCGACCUUACCCAGACUUCCUUCUCUUACCUGUUUUCUACGUAAACUCCCCAGCCUCCCCCGUUGCUCUACAUUUUGGGUUGGCAAUCGCCCAGCUUGGCUGGCUGUCGCUUCUUCUUGCAGACACCGCCCUCUCGCCUGGGCCGAGCUUUCUCAUGGCCUAAGAAUUGAACCACGCCUCAUCAUUGUCAGGGCAGGCCGGCAUUUCCAAACAUCAACAGCGGCUUGACACCUGGGCUCCUGCCUCGUUUCUCACUAUUCCAAACCUACCCCCAGCCUUAUCCCUUUGUCAGUCGUGAUCAUGCAGCACCAUGUCGUUCAGUACGACGACAGCGACAACGGCGAUGACGACGGUGGAUUCCCCGUUUCCUACGCCGUUGUUCGCUUCUCCCACGAUGGUGGAACUUAUGAGACGGGAGGUCCAGUCAUAUCUCGCGUCCCUCGCGUCUCUCGCGUCAAGACAGCUACUGUGACAAUCACUGCCGCCGAGUCAACCCAGACGGCAAGCUUGACCACAAUUUCGUCGUCGCUAACUACGGACACGGCCACCGUCACUGCCUCGUCCAUGCUCCCCGUCAUGCCAUCGUCUGCCACUAUAACAUUGGUGACUUCUUCGACGCAGAUCACCUCGCUGCCCACGUCGACUGAUUCCGCCCCCGCGGCGGCCCAGGUCUCAGUUCCGGUCAAUACUCUUAUUGCCAUCAUCGCUGGCACUGUCGGUGGCCUCCUGCUCUUCGUCUUCGUGGUUGCUGUCAUUCAUGCCUUUGUGCGCCGCAGACGAAUCGUUCACGACGAGACUCAUAAUUCUAUCGGCGUUGAUACCAUUAUCGAGAAGGGAGGCUCCUCCAGUGAGCGGCAGCAACACCAUGAGAACAGCGGCAAUGUCGGCAACAGAGGUAUCUCCCAGCCAUCCGAUAUCGCGCAUCCGGAGCUUGGUAUAUCUCAGCAACACCCGACGGCAAACUACAUGCCUGCUGGCGAUAUCCGCAGCCGGCCCACCGCGCACGAUAUAUAUCCAACACAGGUCAUUGCCGAGCUUCCCGCCGGUCCGCACUUUGGCCAGUCACAGCACGAUUAACGAGGUUGAGUUGGCCUGGAAAAGAAAUGCUCGAGAGGGAAAGGUUGAAUGAGACGAAUAGACUGAGGAAUGAGCAAAAAAUGGAAGCAGGACUCAGGAUUUACUUGAAUCGUUGUGUGGAGCUACACAAUUGGCUCUGAGCUGGCCUGUGCUCGGUCCGUUGAGUGUCUCUCGCCGCAUCGCGUCGGUAGCAGUUCUGAUGAAUGAAGGACCACC